AUUAAACCUGACUAAUUAACAAUAUUUUUAGGUUUCCUUAUGACUGGACCUAAUGUGAUGAGGGUUGCUCCGGCUGUCCUGUGGGCCCAGCGAAAGGACAGAAUAUUUCUCACAAUAAAUGUUAGAGAGUGCCCUAAAAAUUAUAAGCUCAACAUAGAAAGUAAAAAGAUCAUUUUUAGUGGAAAGAACGAGCAGAGCAACAAAGAAUACGUGCUGGAUCUGGAGCUGUACGGGGAAGUGAACAGUGAGAAGUACAAGAUGAAAGCCUCAGACGCCAACAUACAGCUGUGUUUGACUCGGGCUGAAGAGGGACAUUACUGGCCCAGGCUAAUCGAAACUAAAACCAAGUGCCACUUUCUCAAAACUGAUUUUAACAAAUGGAAAGAUGAGGACGAAACCGAUGAUGAAGAUGAAUCAGCAAACUGGGAGAACAUGAUGAACAAUAUGAACAUAGGAGGCACGGAGCUAGGUAGUGAAGACGAAAUAGCUGACUCAGAUGAUGAUGAUCUUCCAGACUUAGAAGACGAUAAAGACAUAGAAAAACUCGAAUGAUGAGAUGCCAGAACACUAAUUCUAAUUUCUUUAAACACAUUUGACUCGCUUUUUCGAUCGAGUUUUUGUUUAUUUUCAGUUCAUUGAUCUAAGUUUUAGCGACUAAUCUACCUCUCUGGCAGAAAGAUUGAACCGUUUUUCUAUUAUAAUUUAUCACAAUUGUUUAUGACUGAAGCCAAA